UUUUUUUUGCAUUUCUACUUUACAAGUAAAAAAUAUGAACGACCUCCAACAUAACCUAGCAAAAUUAUCAUUAAAUAAACCUACUCAAACGUUCAAAAACUCAAAGUUUGAUCCACAGAAUAAAAGUAUAUCUUCUAAACAAGCAAAUGUUAAGGAGCUGCAUAAAGGAAGACAAGAAUUAUAUCAUUACAAAAGUGAAUGUCAACAAGCUGUAGCUGAUACAAGAGGCCGCUAUCAUCAGAGUAGGACUAGUCAUAAAUUAUCUAGGACAGCUUCAUCUAUUCCGUCAGAAAGAAAAUCUUCUGAAUUUAUUCAUAGAAGACACUCACAACGCGUUUGUCUACCAAGUAAUCCCGAAGAAGAGCCUGACAAUAUUAGAGAAGAAGCGCCUCGACCAAGAAAAAAUAGUAUAACAGCUUCAAUCUCUUUACACAAACAUAAUACGGAAAGUAUUGGAUCAAAAGAGGAUGGAACAAGUAGUCCAUCACGAGGUUCUACUUCAAGCAAUACUGCACCCCUGACUGAAGAAGAAGAUCAAUGUCUACCACCAAAAUAUCCAUAUUCGUCAUCCACUAAGGAACAUUAUUAUCGAACACAGCAAUACACUAGUAGAGAAAUGCCGGACCCCUUAUAUUAUCAAAGACUUCAUUUACAGCAACUGCAACUACAAUACCAACAACAACUUUAUUUAAUGUCUCAAACACCUAUCUUUUUCCUAUCGCCUUAUCCUUCUCCUUCCUCUCCUCUUAUGACCGACCCAUCACAGUUAUUUUCUCCAAUAAUGAUGCAACAACUACCGCUUUCACCAUCAUCAUCACCAGUGCCGCCAUCACCACCACAAUUGAAUUCAUCACAUCAUACAACAAAGAAGAAACCUAAUAAACAUCAUUCAACAAAACUUACAAGUACUGACUUAAGAAGAAGAGCGGAUAUUUUGCGUAAUUCAAGUGAAUCGUAUAUAAACAGAUAUAACAAUGAAAAGAUAAGAGGAAAUCCAAGUAAUGGUAGUAAUAAUAAUAGUAGUAAUAGUAAUAAUAAUAGUAAAUGCCAACCUUAUUUUUAUUACUAAUUACUUUUAAAUUGCCGUAUAUCUUAAUAAUAAAUAUGAAGCCUCAAAUAAUA